AUGAAGGCCCUCUGCCUCCGAAGCCGAUUGAAACAGUUCCCUCGCAAUAACAAUGUCUUCCGGAGGUACAUCUCUUCGCUUCCCAUCUACACCGACACCAACCUCGCCCAUCAGCUCCACACCAUCUUCACCAAGAACCCUAAUACUUCCCCCGACGACGAUCCCGACCUCCGCGCACUUGCCCCCUUCCUCAACCCCAAGCUCGUCGAAACCGUCUUGUAUUCUUUCCAGAGCUGGAACCGCGCUCACAUUUUCUUCACAUGGGCAUCCAACCAGCAAGGAUACAGCCACACUGCCUACACUUUCAAUGCCGUGGCGUCCAUCCUAUCACGUGCUCGACAAAUUGCCCCACUCAGAGCCUUGUCCGUACAGAUCCUCCGCUCCAGGUGUCCCAUGACCCCUGGGGCUCUGGGUUUCUUCAUUCGCUGCUUCGGGGGUGCUGGGCUGGUCGACGAAGCCAAUGUCUUGUUUGACCAAGUUCAAAGCGAGGGUCUUUGCUUCCCCAACGUCUACGCUUAUAAUUGCCUGCUUGAGGCUGUGUCCAAGUCGACUAGUGUGGAUCUGGUUGAUGCCAAGUUGAAGGAGAUGUCCCACCGUGGCUUUGUGCUCGACAAGUAUACUCUGACCCCAGUCCUGCAGGUUUAUUGUAAUGCGGGGAGAUUCGAUAAAGCAUUUGAUGUCUUCAACAUGAUUUCUGAUCGUGGAUUUCUUGAUGGGUACUUGUUCUCCAUACUGGCGUUGGGUCUUACAAAGUGGGGUCAGGUGGACAAGGCGUUUGAGUUGAUUGAGGUUAUGGAAGCUCGAAAUGUUGGAGUCACUGAGAAGACUUUUAUCGUUUUGAUUCAUGGUUUCGUGAAGCAGGCUAGAUUGGACAGGGCUCUCCAAUUGUUUGAUAAGAUGAAGGAUUCCGGGUUUGUGCCUGAUAUUUCUCUCUACGAUGUUCUAAUUGGAGUGUUCAGCACUGCUAAAGAACUGGACAAAGCUUUAGGUUUGUAUGCUGAGAUGAAGGAGUUCAAAGUCCAAACGGAUACUGGCAUAAUCACAAAGCUUAUAUCUUCUUGCAGAGAUGAAGGCGAACUAAAGCGCCUGUAUACGGAAAUUCGUAGAGAUAUGAAUCUGGAAGCUUUGACUAUGCUCUACAAUUCAUUAUUGACUGUUCUUGUUAAUAAUGGUUCGAUCAACAAAGCGUACGGACUUCUUCGAAUGUUGAUGAAAAAAGGCUGCAAUAAUGAUCUCCAGGGGGAUGAGUUCUGCUGGGAAAAUGACCCAAAUGCUGAUAGUUUUUGUGUUGUUAUCGAUGGGCUGGUCAAGGCUGGUAAGCUGGACAUGGCAGUUGGUCUCUUUCGAGAUAUGCCUAAGAAGAUUUGCUGUAAACCAAAUCUAUUGAUCUAUAACAACUUAAUAUCUGGUUUAUGCAGUUCUGAUAGAUUGGAGGAAAGUUUCGAGAUUCUGAGAGAGAUGGAGGAAUCAGGAUUGGUACCAUCCCCGUUUACUCAUAACUCAAUAUUUGGGUGCCUAUGCAAAAGAAUGGACGUCGCAGGAGCUCUCGAUCUGGUGAAAAAGAUGCGAGUUCAUGGGCACGACCCCUGGAUAAAACACUGUACCUUAAUGGUGAAGGAACUCUGCAAGCAUAGGAAGGCAGUAGAAGCUUGCAAGUUCCUUGACGAUGUGGUUGAGGAAGGUUUUGUACCUGAUAUGAUCGCUUACUCAGCCGCAUUGGAUGGAUUGAUCAGGAUUAAGGAGGUGGAUCUGGCUAUGGAGCUGUUUCGAGACAUUGUUGCUCGAGGUAACUACCCUGAUGUGGUUGCUUACAACACGAUGAUGAAAGGACUUUGUCAGGUCAGGAGAGUUGCAGAAGCCGAGGAACUUCUUAACGAGAUGAUAACGAAAGGGCUCGUUCCAUCAGUAGUUACCUACAACUCACUCAUAGAUGGGUGGUGCAAGAACGGUUCUGUCGAGGCUGCCAUGCGCUGCCUCUCUGAAAUGUUUGAUAAAGGGAGGGAGCCCAAUGUGAUCACUUAUACCACUCUCGUGAAUGGACUGUGCAACGCUGGAAGACCGGAGGAAGCUCUCGCAGUGUGGAACGAGAUGGUUGCGGUGAAGGGCUUGGUUCCUGGCAACAUUGCUUUCAUGGCUCUCGUUCAUGGUCUCUGCAAGUGCGGAAGGACCAAUGAGGCUGCGGUGCAUUUGCGGGAGAUGAAGUCGAGAGGGAUGAAACCAGAUGGUUAUGUGUACACAGCGUUGAUAAGCGCUUUCCUUGCCGAACUGAACCAUCCUUCGGCUUUGGAAAUGGUGAAGGAGAUGGCUGAUGAGGGAAGUUUCCCGGGUAAGCUCGACAAGAACCACGCAAUCGCAAGAGAUGCAGUUAUCCAGCUGUUGAGAGACAGCAGGACUUGGUCGAGCAUUAGGGAUCUCAUAGCAGAAGGCAAAAUUCCUUCCAUUAGUAUGCCAGACAUUGAAAGUGAAGGUUUAGAUGGGUGCAUUACUUGA